AUGCUGUACACACACGCAACAAUUGUGACAGUGGAUCAAACCCGCCGCAUAAUAGAAGACGGCGCAAUCCGUGUCCUGGGACAAAACAUUGCCGACAUAGGCAAAACAGCAACUCUCAAAGGAAAAUACCCACAAGAAGAAGAGAUCAACCUAACCGGCCGAAUCAUCGUGCCAGGUCUAAUCUCAACACACAUGCAUACAGCGCAAACCCUCCUCCGCGGCACAGCCGACGACCUCGAGCUCGUCUCCUGGCUCUGCGAGCGGAUCUGGGUGCUGCAGGGCAACUUCACUGCGGAAGAUGGGUACGCCGCUGCGCGCCUGAGUAUCGGCGAGAUGCUGAAGUCUGGAACGACUUGUUUCUUGGAGAGCAUGUUCGCCGAUCGGUAUGGGUUUGAUGGACUUGCCCGUGCGGUGGAGGAGAGUGGGAUAAGGGGCUGUCUUGGCAAGAUUGUUAUGGAUAUUGCUAAGUAUGCUAAGGAUGAUGCUUGGGCUAUGUAUCCUGGUCUUGUGGAAGAUCGUGAGACUUCACUGCUUGGGACUGUUGCUAUGUGGAAGAAGUGGAAUGGGGCUGCUGAUGAUCGCAUUCGGGUUUGGUUUGGGGCGAGGACGCCUGGAGGUGUUUCGGAUGCUCUCUACAAGGAGAUGACUGCUAUCUCCAAGGAGAAGGGUAUUCCUAUCACCAUGCAUUGUGCCGAGGUCAAGGCCGAUCGUGACUUCUUCGCUUCGGUUGACCAUACCCCCAUGUCGUACUGCAACUCCGUUGGUCUGCUGGGUGAGUCGACUGUUCUCGCUCAUAUGGUGCAUCUGGAUGAUACCGAUAUCAAACUCCUCGCUGCUUCGGGAACUCACGUUGCCCAUUGCCCGACAUCAAACGCAAAGCUGGCAUCCGGCCUAUGCAGAGUCCCCGACCUCCAACGCGCCUCGGUAAACAUCGGCCUAGGAACCGACGGAGCACCCUGCAACAACACCUGCGAUCUGCUCCAAGAGAUGAAGCUAGCAGCAAUCAUCCACAAAGGCGAAACCCAAGACCCAACCGUGGUCCCCGCCGAAUCCGUGCUAGAAAUGGCAACUAUCAAUGGCGCCAAGGCGCUAGGCCUGGACGACAAGAUCGGCAGUCUUGAAAUCGGCAAGAAGGCCGACUUUGUCGCUAUUGAUCUGCGAGGCAUCCACUCGCAGCCUUGGUUCAACCCUGUCAGUGCCGUUGUGUAUACUGCUACCGGGCGCGAUGUUGAGCUUGUUGUUGUUGAUGGGAAGGUUGUUGUUCGUGAUGGUGAACUUGUUACUAUGGAUGAGAAGGAGAUUGUGCUUGAGGCACAGAGGAGGAGUAAGGAGGUUGUUGAGAGGGCUGGGUUGGGGAAGAAGGUUCAGCCUGUUUGGCCUAUUGAGUGA